GCGAACAGGCUCCUCCCGAGCGUCGGAAAGGCUAGGUGCAGCAAUGAGGUGGCUGAAGAGUGUCCGCUGUUGGCCAUCCGCACUGCUCCUUGCAGGCAGAGUCGGGCUCUGGGCAGGGCCGCGCACAGCCGCGGGCAGCCCGCGAGACGCCGGCGAGCUGCAAGGCGAGCUGCAAGGCGAGCUGGACAGAUUUGGGGGCGUCUCGGUGCAUCUGGCGCGGCACCGCGCGCUGCACGGGCUGGACGCUGCUGCUUUCCGGAGGCUGUUGCAGGCUGCCGUACAACAGUGGCAGUCAGAAGGAAGGGUAGCUGCAUGGCUGCACGUCCCCAUCCUGCAAAGCCACUUCAUCGCCUCUGCUGCUUCCCUGGGCUUCCGCUUCCACCACGCAGACUCCCACUCCUCCACGCUGACGCUGUGGCUGGGAGAAGGACCCAGCAGACUGCCAGGAUAUGCUACGCACCAAGUGGGGGUUGCAGGUGCUGUAUUUGAUGAAAGCACCAGAAAAGUGCUGGUUGUACAAGAUCGAAAUAAAUUGAAAAAUAUGUGGAAGUUUCCAGGAGGCCUGUCAGAGCCUGGAGAAGAUAUUGGCGACACAGCAGUCCGAGAGGUUUUUGAAGAGACUGGUGUGAAGUCAGAAUUCAGGUCCCUGCUAAGCAUCCGGCAGCAACAUGGGAGCCCUGGAGCCUUUGGGAAGUCGGACAUGUACCUGAUCUGCCGCCUGCAGCCAUGUUCCUUCACUAUCAACUUCUGCCAGCAGGAAUGCUUGAAGUGUGAAUGGAUGGAUCUAGAAAAACUAGCCAGGAUUGAAAACACCACCCCCAUCACCAGGAGGGUGGCUUGGUUAUUGCUGUAUGGACACAGGGAAGGGUUUGACAAAAUUGACCUCAGCAUGGAGGAAUUCCCCGCAGUGUACACAGGCCUGUUCUACAAACUCUAUCACAGGGAACUGCCAGAGAGUUACAGAGACACAGCGGGAACAGAUUGAACGCAAACACCAGAGGGAACCAAAGAUGGACAUGGUCUGCGCCUGACCCCUGGCGCCAGUUCUCUCACAUACAUGAUUUCCAUGGUGGAAAUUCGUAAGUGUGCAUACUUUUAAAUCCUCCUCUCAAAUAAAGAAAAUAAAUGAAAAAGACUGUGGCUCUAGUCAUCCCUGCGUCACAACCAAAGUUUCUAAAGUGAAUCAGCUCUUAGCAGACAUCGGGAGAAACAGUAUGGCCUUCUGCCCAGGUCCUGUUUUGGAUCCGAGUUUAUACUGCCCAGUCCGCUUCAGUGCCACAUACCAACUGGAGUACUUCCGGGACCGGUGUGAACAACUGCAUGGUGACUUCCUACCUCCAACACACCAUCCCCUAGGUGUGAACAGCUGCAUGGUGACAUCCUUGCUGCAACAUACCAUCCCCUAGGUGUGAACAACUUCAUGGUGACUUCCUACCUGCAAGACACCAUCCUCUAGGUGUGAACAGCUGCAAGGUGGCAUCCUUCCAGCAAUAUACCAUCCCCUAGGUGUGAACAGCUGCAUGGUGACUUCUUUAUGAUGCUCCAUCCCUUAACAGUGAACUCCUGCUUAGUGACUCCCUUUCCAAGGAGAGGAAAGACUAACUUCAGAGUGGAGAUACUCACUCUCUCAGCCAAAUGAUGAAGUCUGUACUUCUGUGGUUGUCCGCUCAAACUUUCAGAACUCUGUCUAGCCACAAGAAAAACACCAGGAAAUCCCAAACUGGAGGAUCCUAAAAAUGACUGAAUGUCAAAAUAAUGAAAAAUAAGGAGAGUCUAAGAAAUGGUCACUGUCUAGAGGAAACUACAGAGACAGGAUGACCAAAGCUGGCCCGGAAUAGGAUCUUCAGGAGAAAAUUAAAGUGUUAUACGUCAGUAUGGACUUUAGCUCCUGGUAUCACAGGGUGACAGGCAGCCAGCCACCCUAAAUGGAGAAACACAGUGGGCUAUCUUCCUGACUUUCCUGCAAACUUAAAACUAUUAUAAAAGCAAAUUGUAUUUUUAAGAAAAAUGCAUCCUGAUGUGAUUAUUAUACAGUAUAUACCUGCACCAGACUGUCUACCCUGAGUAUGUAAAACUGCACGACAAAGACAAAACACAAGGAAUGCAAAAAGACUAGCCCUAAAACUGCUAAUGGUACCCGAAAAGAACCCCUCCAUCUGGAGGGGUGCCUUAGUGGAUAAAGUGCUUGCUAUGCAAGUAUGAGGAUGAAAGCUGAGGUACCCAGAACCCACAUAAAUGCCAGGUGGGGGAGUAGUGGCCACCUGCAAGCCCAGCACAUGGGAGAUAGACAAAGAUUCCCCAGAACAAGCUGGCUAGCCAAACUAGCCCAAAUCGCUCCAGAUUCAGCAAGAAACCUUGUGUCUUAGUUAUUGUUUCUGUUGUUGUGAUAACACACCAUGAUCAAAGGCAACUUUUGGAGGAAAGGGUUUAUUUUAGCUUACAGUUCCAUAUUACAGUCCAUCACUGAGAGAAGUCAGGAGAGGAAUCUAGAGGCAGGAGCUGAUGCAGAGGCCAUAGAGGGGUGCUGCUUACCAACUUGCCCCCUCAUGGCUUGCUCAGUCUGCUUUCUUAGAGCACUAAGGACCACCAGUCAAGAGGUAGCUGGGCUCUCCCACAUCAAUCAACAACUAAGAAAAUAUACCAUAAGCUUGUACAUGGGCUGAUCUGGUGGAGGCAUUUUCUCAGUUAAGAUUCCCUCUUCCAAAGUGACUAUAGUUUGUGUCAAGUCCACAUGAACCUGCCAGGACACCCUGCCUUGAUACAUAAGGUGGGAAGUGGUCAAGGAAGAUGACAGAUGUCAACCUUGGGCCUCUACAUGCACCUGCAUAACCUUGCACACACAACCACCACCUCCAUCACACAUACAUGUGCAGAAAAUAAUUUCUCCAGGGGCUGAAUGUAAUCUCUAGUUACAAAAUAAAAGCAACUAAUUGUUUUUUAA